AUGUGCUCCCUUCGCCUCCACGUGGCGCCGGCACCGCGUGCGCGCAGCGUCACCCCGGAAGCCUCCGAGCUGGCACCGCCCCCAGGGAGAAGCUCCGCCCCCAGGGAGAAGCACCGCCCCCAGGGAGUAGCAGAAGCUCCGCCCCCAGGGAGAAGCACCGCCCCCAGAGAGAAGCACCGCCCCCAGAGAGAAGCUCCGCCCCUAGGGAGAAGCACCGCCCCCAGGGAGAAGCACCGCCCCCAGAGAGAAGCUCCGCCCCCAGGGAGAAGCUCCGCCCCCAGGGAGAAGCACCGCCCCCAGGGAGAAGCACCGCCCCCAGGGAGAAGCUCCGCCCCCAGGGAGAAGCACCGCCCCCAGGGAGAAGCUCCGCCCCCAGGGAGAAGCACCGCCCCCAGGGAGAAGCACCGCCCCCAGAGAGAAGCUCCGCCCCCAGGGAGAAGCACCGCCCCCAGGGAGAAGCACCGCCCCCAGAGAGAAGCUCCGCCCCCAGGGAGAAGCUCCGCCCCCAGGGAGAAGCUCCGCCCCCAGAGAGAAGCUCCGCCCCCAGAGAGAAGCUCCGCCCCCAGGGAGAAGCACCUCCCCCAGGGAGAAGCUCCGCCCCCAGAGAGAAGCUCCGCCCCCAGGGAGAAGCACCGCCCCCAGGGAGAAGCUCCGCCCCCAGAGAGAAGCACCGCCCCCAGGGAGAAGCACCGCCCCCAGGGAGAAGCUCCGCCCCCAGGGAGAAGCUCCGCCCCCAGGGAGAAGCUCCGCCCCCAGGGGGAAGCACCGCCCCCAGGGAGAAGCUCCGCCCCCAGGGAGAAGCACCGCCCCCAGGGAGAAGCACCGCCCCCAGAGAGAAGCUCCGCCCCCAGGGAGAAGCACCGCCCCCAGGGAGAAGCACCGCCCCCAGGGAGAAGCUCCUCCUCCUACCCGCGCGCGUUUCCGUUUGAUCCUCAACCUGGAAACAGUCGCGCGGUCGUUCCCCAUUGA